CGACAAUAAUCACCAGCUGCCAUUCCUUACACCCUCGACCUGACUGCCCGCCUUGUUGGUCCGGCUCCGUCUCUCCCCAACACCGCAAACAUGAUUAUCUACAACGACAUCAUCACCGGUGACGAGAUCAUCUCUGACUCCUACGACCUCAAGGAGGUCGACGGUGUCGCAUACGAGGCUAACUGCAGCAAAAUCACCAUCGGUCCGGUCGACGUCAACACUGGUGCCAACGCUUCCGCCGAGGAGGCCGAGGAGGGUGCCGAUGAUGCUGCACAGACUGUGAUCGAUAUCGUCCACUCUUUCCGUCUCAAUGAGACGGCAUUCGACAAGAAGGGCUACCUCAGCUACCUCAAGGGAUACAUGAAGACUGUCAAGGAGAAGCUGAAGGAGAAUGGUGCCGACGAGGAGGCCAUCAAGGAAUUCGAGAAGGGCGCACAAGGCUUUGCCAAGAAGAUCGUUGCCAACUUCAAGGAUUACGAGUUCUUCAUCGGCGAGUCGAUGAACCCGGAUGGAAUGGUCGUCCUGCUCAACUACCGUGAGGAUGGUGUCACGCCAUUCGUGACGGUAUGGAAGCACGGUCUCAAGGAGGUCAAGGUCUAAGGGCAGACGAGGGUGGAAGGUGAAGAUGGGGGAGGAUUGGGGAUUACAUGGGAAGCAGUGCUUGAUAUGCGGCCACCAUGUGGAGCUCCGGACCAGAAAUUAACGCUAGACAUGACUUGGGCAUUGAUGACUUUUCCGAAUCUCAGCAUGCAUCAGACAG